GGGUCGCGGCCGAGGCCAGGCCGCAACGAGGUCGGAGGCGGAGCGCCCGCGGGCAGCGCCCCCCACGCGAGGUGACCCCCUGGGAGCGAGCGCAGCCCGCUCGCACCUCCGCGUCCCAGCAGCAGGCUCCCUGCCGAGAUGGCGUCAGCAGGAGACCCCCCCACGGGCCCUCGGGAUGCAGCCGACCAGAACUUCGACUACAUGUUCAAGCUGCUCCUCAUAGGCAACAGCAGCGUGGGCAAAACGUCCUUCCUGUUCCGCUACGCCGACGACUCCUUCACGCCUGCCUUCGUCAGCACCGUGGGCAUCGACUUCAAGGUCAAGACCGUCUACCGCCACGACAAGAGGAUCAAACUGCAGAUCUGGGACACGGCGGGCCAGGAACGCUACCGGACCAUCACCACAGCCUACUACCGAGGAGCCAUGGGCUUCCUGCUCAUGUAUGACAUCGCCAACCAGGAGUCCUUCACCGCCGUGCAGGACUGGGCCACACAGAUCAAGACCUACUCCUGGGACAAUGCCCAGGUCAUCCUCGUGGGGAACAAGUGUGACCUGGAAGACGAGCGUGUUGUGCCCACCGAGGAUGGCCGGAGGCUCGCCGAUGACCUUGGUUUUGAGUUCUUCGAGGCCAGCGCCAAGGAGAACGUCAAUGUGAAGCAGGUCUUCGAGCGCCUGGUGGACAUCAUUUGCGAGAAGAUGAACGAGUCCCUGGAACCCAGCUCCAGCCCAGGCAGCAAUGGAAAAGGCCCGGCCUUGGGGGACACCCCGCCCCCCCAGCCCAGCGGCUGCAGCUGCUAGAGAUGGCCCCCAGCCCCCCACCCCCUCCUGCCUCAGCAGGGACUGUGACUGAGGCGUGAGCCACAAGGGCUGUUUCCAAGCUCAGGGUGCCCGCUCCCUCCCAUCAGCUGUCAGCUGCCCCCCCCCCCCCCGCCGCAUGGCUCAUUC